AACCUUGGAAUUAGUGUUCAGUUUUGUUGGAUUCCUUUCGAAAGGAAUUUCCGUUCGAAACAACAUUCAAAUGAAUUGACAAAAAAUUAUAUUCUGAGAAAAGUGGAUUUUGAGGGGUAUCGCUCCAUAGACCUCCAUUCAUUCUGCACUCCAAAUGUGAGCGCCUCUAAUGGAACCAGCGUGGAACUGCAACCAUUUCAAAACCGGAAGUAUAACGACAGUGGCAGUUCUUCCCUUAUUAGAGGGAGGGAAAGUGAAAACUAGCGCCCCAAGCGGUUGCCUUCCUAUCGAAGAGCAGCUCCAAUGUUAAGUCCCAUAGACCGACUUUUCAAAUAAAUACUACGCAGCUAUACCAGCGAUCUUAUCCACCAAAAAUAUUUUUCAGUCUACAUACUGUAAUAAUCUACUAACUGUGGAAAUAUCAGACCCUAUUUCGCCUUAUUUUUAAAAAAACGUAAUUACUUGUUUCAUUUCAUAAAUGGAUUACAACUACAAGUGAGGUGACACCCUUCCACGCAUAGACUACAGUAUGUUACUCACCUAGCAUGGUUUGUUUAUUAGCCUGUUAGCUAGUUGGUUAGUUAGUAGACAAUCACACUUAGACUACUGCCAGCUCUUGUGUGAGUAGGAGCACAACACAAGUUAUCCCAACAUAAAGGUAAUUACCACGCGGUUUACAUCGCUCUCUGUUAUUACAAAAAUAUGUAAAGCCAGUUAGCAAAUUGCCGUUUUGAUCAGUUGGAGAUGAAGCGCCCAAACUGGUGACGUCAAAUGAUAGGCCUACUGUAGUUCGUUAUCACCAUGUUACAAACAAACUCAAAACAAUAAAACUGAUCCUAAAAAAUUAAGUAUGAACACUAGAAGCAAUAGAGCUGACCUAAAUGCAUAGCGUAUUGAAGGCAUUUAACUAAGUUCCCAUUCUGGGCCGAGAUAUAUUUUUUCUAAAAGAAAAUCCCAUCCACUCCCGCUAGCCUGUAGGAACGCAACCACUAGAUGGCGAUGAGAUUACUUUCCCUCUGGCUCUACGUGUUUUACGUGAUGACGUCAUUUUCAUGUUUACCACGUGGACAUUCAGCGUAGCGCGCCAUGCGGAACAAAACCGUCUGCUAUGCUGGUGCUAUGGUUAUGACCAACGCUUUCGGCUUAUGAUCGCUAUUAGAAAGAGACCAACAUGUCAGAUUCUUCCGAGGAAUACAGCAACUCGCCGGUGAUAGACCGAAACCCUUCGCCCCCCCCUGAAAACGAGGAAGCAGAGGCUACAGAUGAAGUGGACGCCAUUGGAGCAACGGUGUACAGUAAACACUGGCUGUUCAGCACGCUGACCCGACUCAUACAGGCUAUAACAGAGCAGAACUCAGGAGAUGGUGACGGCCUGAGUGAGCUGUCAGAAGAGCAAGAGGAUGAGCUGUGUAAAGUGUGGGACAUGGCCAUGGAUCAGGAUGUUGCUGGAUUCCUCCAGGAAUUUAAAGCUCCUGAUAUCCUGUUGGGCGUGAUUGCAAAAUCUCGAUGCCCGCGGCUCACCGAGAUAUGUGUGGGCAUUCUGGGUAAUAUGGCCUGUUUCCAUGACACCUGUUUGGAUCUCAGUCAGAAUGAAGAUCUAGCAGCGGUACUUUUGCUUCUCCUUGGCGAUACAGACCCCCCGACUCUGUUGGAGACCUGCAGGCUGCUGCUGACCUGCAUGUCCCAUGCUGAUGUGUCCUCCCUGUGGCUGGAGAGAAUCAGGCAACAGCCCUCCGUCUGCCCCAACCUCUGCUUCAUCAUGAGCAGCUCCACCAAUGUGGAUCUCCUGGUGAAGGUGGGGGAGCUGGUGGAUAAGCUCUUUGAUGAGGACGAGGAGCUGAUGAAGAGAUGGGUGUCCGGCGGCGGUUGUCUUGGCGAUCAGAAUGAGGGCGACUGUAACGGGGAUGAGCCUCGGCCAGACGUGACGACCUCUCUGCUGGAGGCUGCCAAGCAGCUUAGGUCGGAGAGCCCCGAGGGCCUGGAGGUCUACCUGCAUGCCAUUCAGCUCCUCACCACCGUAGAUGUUGGCAUACAGGCCAUGGUGUGCGAGGAUGGCCCUGGCGGUGCCGUGUGGGCGUUCCUGUGUGCGGUAGUGUGUGAAGACCUGUGCCAGCCAGACGACCCUGCCCUCAGCCUGCAGGAGCAGAAGGGUCUGUUGGGCCCCGCCGUGGCCGUGCUCUCUGUCCUCUACGCGUGCCAAGACCAGCACGUCUCCGCAGACACCAAUUUGAAUCUGGUGGGUAGUGCCCUGCGAGUGUUGCAAUACCACCACGAGAACCAGCUGAACCGUGGACAGGAAGGGCACUCAGACUCUGGCCAUGCGCAGAGACGAGAGGAAGAGGAAGAGGAGGGCCAUGGGGAGGAGGAUGAACGGCUCACGGCCUUGGUGGAGUGUACAUGUGAACUACUUGCCAGCAUCCUUCUUGUUAUGUCCAGGGACGAGGUAUUGGAGUUGAUAAAGAAACGAUUUCUAACUGAGAAAAACUGCUCGUCUGCAACCAAAGCCCUCCUCCCACAACACACUGCUGCGGCGCAGCACCUUGUGGGGGUCCUGUCGGACGUGGAGCCCAAAAUGGCAGACUCUGUGAGAAAGGAGGUCCCCUCUUUGAAGGCUCAGAGUUGAGGUCUAAACCACACCAGGCCCGUCCAAGAUGACACAGACACACACACACACACACACACACACACACACACACACACACACACACACACACAUACACACACACACAGCAUAUGUCCUGUCCCAUUCAUUCAUGAACUCACUCAUUCAUGCACUGCGUUGUACUGGCCUGUAAGUCAGCAUCUAUGACCUAGAUGUCACACAUGGCCCUGAUCGUAUCUGAAUUUGUAUUUUUUGUAGAAGACAAAAAUAUUUGUUUAAAUAAAAAUAUUUUCCUUUUUGUAA